GAUCUGCCUGCCUGACUUGUUAUCUGCUGUUUGUCUGUAGAAUACACUUUCUACACCUUACCCAGACUUCUUGAUCGAGUUAGCAGAGUUGGGGACAACGGACCAGAAUAGACUAUCGAGAUUCUGAACCCUUGAUCCGAUCGAUAAGUCACUGUCAUAUAAUCGCCUGUCUCCUUGAGCCAUAACAAUUGGCGACGGUGGUUUUUGAAGUAUGGACCCUGUCAAACUUGAACUGUUACUUGAGCAGCAGCUAAAAUUGAUGCAAAUGUUAAUGGAGACCAAGGUUACGCCUCCUUUACAGCCAAGCACGUCGAUCUCAACCACGGCACCAUCGGUAGAUGGCAUCGCAAACAGCAUAGCUGAAUUUCAUUACGAUCCUGAUUCUAAUGUUACUUUUGAGAUGUGGUUCAGGCGUUAUGAAGAUCUAUUUAAAUUUGAUUUCGCCAAUCAAGAUGAUGCUUGGAAAGUGCGGCUGCUACUUCGUAAACUGGGUGCAAAUGAGCUGGACAAGUAUUGCAAUCUGAUCUUGCCGUUGAACCCACGUGAUCGAUCAUUUGCAGACACAGUUCAAACAUUAAUCCAACAUUUUGGCGAUAACUCGUCACUGUUUAAUACUCGUUAUCGUUGCUUGAAGCUGACUAUGAACGAAGAUGAUGAUUUUCUUACGCAUGUGGGCGUCGUCAACCGUGAAUGCGAACGCUUCCGGUUAAAGUCCUUGACUGAAGAUCAGUUUAAUGCCCUGAUCCUUAUUUGCAGCCUACAGCACCAAAAGUUCAGUGACUUACGAACAAGGCUACUAAGUCGUUUGGAUCAAGAACCGAAACUCACCCUGAGUGAUAUAGCUAAUGAAUAUCAACGUCUCAUUAAUCUUCAACGAGACACUUCUAUGGUCCAGAGUGGUGGUUCUAGCCGAUUUGAAGUACGAGCGGUGCAACAGACACCUCACAAAAACAAACACGUCCCCGCUUCAUCCAGUCCAUCUCACUCCAGCUCUAGACGACAGACUAAAGCAACUCCUCCUGCUCCUUGUUGGCAAUGUGGUGCAUGGCACUAAGUUCGAAACUGCCCAUUUAAUCAACAUCGAUGCAAGAAGUGUAAGGUUAUUGGCCAUAAGGAUGGGUUUUGUCUGACGAAGAAGACUCCAAGUCAAUCAAGAAAUACCAAAAAGACCUGUCCUAGAUCCCGCACCAGUUCAUUGAGCUUAGUAUCUUCGUGUCAAAGCUCAUCACCGUGUCAGAGAAAAUUUAUUACUGUUAACAUUAAUGGGCAUUCAUUUAGAUUGCAAAUAGACACUGCAUCUGAUGUAACAAUUCUCUCACGAAAAUAUUGGAUCAGAAUGGGAAGACCACGCAUGGUUCCAACAACACAAAAACCUCGAACUGCAUGCGGUAAUUACCUACGUUUGUUGGGACAACUAGAUUGUAAAGUGUCUUUUCACGAUUCAACGUUUACCGGUGUAUGUUACAUCACACCAGCUGAUCUUAAUCUACUUGGGUUAGACUGGUUUGACCAGCUACAUUUAGCUGACGUUCCUUUAAGCACCGUAUGCCAUCUGGUGAAACAACCUCAUGAACCUGAAGCAUAUUCGAAAGAACUAAUGACGCAGUUUUCAACUAUUUUCCAACCUGGAUUGGGUCGCUGCUCUGUCAUGAAAGCAACACUUCGAUUGAAAACUGGGGCUAAGCCUGUUUUUCGCCCAAAGAGACCUGUCCCUUAUGCAACAUUACAAACAGUAGAUGAAGAAUUGAACCGCCUUCAACAACAAGGAGUUAUCACUCCCGUUUCCUACUCUGCAUGGGCAGCACCUAUCGUGGUUAUUAAGAAGGCCAACGGCACGAUACGUAUAUGUGCUGACUUUUCAACAGGUCUCAAUGCAGCUCUGGAACAACAUCAUUAUCCCUUGCCUGUUCCCGCAGACCUAUUUACCAUGCUGAAUGGGGGAAGAUUUUUCGCUAAGCUGGAUCUAGCUGAUGCUUAUUUGCAAGUGGAAGUAGACGAAGCAUCAAGAGAGCUGUUAACUAUCAAUACUCAUCGUGGUUUAUUCCAGUAUAACCGUCUACCUUUCGGAGUCAAAACUGCACCAUCUAUUUUCCAACAGCUAAUGGAUACCAUCCUAUCAGGUAUCCCGGGAGUCGCGGCUUAUUUGGACGACAUUUUAAUUGUAGCAACGACAUUAGAACAACUACGAGAACGCACGACAUUGGUACUGCAACGCAUCAGUGACAACGGGUUCCGGUUACGCCCAGAGAAAUGCCAGUUUCAUUUGCCGUCGGUAAAGUACUUGGGGUUCAUUUUCGAUGCCGAUGGCCGCAGGCCGGAUCCUGAGAAUAUCCGAGCUAUCAAACUGAUGCCAACUCCUACUAAUGUCUCAUCACUACGUUCCUUCCUGGGACUUGGCAGCUAUUACUCAGCGUUCGUUCCAUCGAUGCAUGAUAUUCGCGCUCCACUCAAUAGCUUACUGCAGAAGAACAGCUCUUGGAACUGGACUAAACAAUGUGACGCUGCCUUUUGUAAACUGAAGUCCAUUAUUAGUUCGGAAUUGCUGUUGACACACUACGAUCCAGCCUUGCCGAUCAUCGUAGCUGCAGACGCUUCAGCGCAUGGCCUAGGCGCUGUUAUCUCCCAUCAGUUUCCGGAUGCGUCGGAAAAAGCCAUUAUGCAUGCAGCCCGUACACUAACCCCAGCAGAAAGGAAGUACAGUCAAAUAGAAAAAGAGGCUCUGGCUCUUGUGUUUGCAGUACGCCGUUUCCACAAAUUCUUGUACGGUCGAAGAUUUACUCUUCUCACUGAUCACAAGCCUCUUCUCACAAUUUUCGGUUCGAAAUCUGGUGUUCCAGCCCAUUCUGCAAACCGUCUCCAACGAUGGGCUUUGAUACUUCUGGGUUAUGAUUUUGACAUUCAGUAUCGGCGCACUCAACAGUUUGGUCAGGCUGACGCCUUGUCGCGACUUAUCAGCGAACACCAUACGGCCGGCGAAGAUACAGUUAUCGCCUCCCUGAUGACAGAGGACUACGCGCAGUGCUACCUGACAACUGCUAUUCGUGCUUUGCCAGUCUCAGCAACUGAAAUACAAUCUGCAUCCAAGAACGACUCCAUCAUAAAGAGAGCGAUGAAAUACGUCACAAAUGGCUGGCCGCCGACUGGACUCGAUGGUGACUUGAAACAGCUUUACCAUCGUCGGGACUCAUUAUGCGUCGUAAACGAAUGCUUGAUGUUUGGAGAUAGAGUAGUGGUACCAGAAUCCCUAAGAUCAAAGGUGCUAAAGCAAUUCCACACUGGUCAUCCUGGUAUAAAACGAAUGAAAUCCAUCGCCAGAAGCUAUGCUUAUUGGCCCCUCAUGGACCAACAUAUCGUGGAUUUAGUAAGCAAGUGCACACAAUGUCAGCAAGCAGCUAAGUGUAACGCGAAAAUACUACCAGUCCCAUGGCCACAGCCUGAGUAUCCCUGGUCCAGGAUACAUGUCGAUUUCGCAGGCCCAAUUAACGGAAUCACCUAUCUAGUUGUUGUCGACGCCUUUUCGAAAUGGCCUGAAAUCAACCCUAUCAUACCGCCAACGACAACUAAAACAAUACAGAUCCUCACAGAAAUUUUCUCUCGAAAUGGUAUACCAGAUGCUAUUGUGUCUGACAACGGGUCACAGUUCACCUCCAGCCAAUUUCAGUCAUUCUGUCAACGACUAGCCAUAAAGCACUUACGCUCGCCACCAUACCACCCGCAGUCGAAUGGGCAAGCAGAAAGGUUUGUGGAUACGUUUAAGAGAGCCUUGGCUAAAACAAAGGGGGAGGGGACGCCAGCAGACGCGUUGCAAAAUUUCUUAUACGUGUAUCGAACAACACCAAAUGAAACGUUGCCGGAGCGAAAGUCCCCAGCCGAGAUCCUAAUGGGAAGAAGACUCAAGACAAUCCACAGCCUGAUGCAUCCAAGGAAUGCACCGACACCAGUACGGACAAAGUUUGAAAAGCAAUCCACGUACGAAGUGGGAUGUCCGGUGUUUGCCCGUGAUUACAGACCGACCCAUAGUCCAUGGACAGAAGCGCGAGUGGUCAAAAGAGUUGGCCGAGUCAUGUACGAAGUUGAGGUAGGUAGUGACAGGUGGCAACGCCAUCGGAAUCAGUUACGCAAACGGUUAGCCCCAGACCGCCCAUCAACAGAAUCAAAUAUUCCUCUUGACAUUCUGCUAGACACAUUCAACUUACCGGCAACCCCACCACAAGAAAAACCUCAACAACAAACUGAAACACGUCCAAGACGGUGGCCUAUCCGAGAACGGCGAGCAACAAUCAGGAUGCAGGUUGACCCCAGGAAAGCCCGCUAUUAAAAAGGGGAGGAGUGUUGGGGACGAUAGAUCCCCAAACUCAUAUUUUAAAAUUUAUCUUAUCGAUCAUCUUAUUGAUUAAAUGUUAGAUAUUUUUAUUGGGGUCAAUUGGUGAACUAAUCGAUUAAAUGUUUGAAUAGCAAUCAAUUGAUGAACUAUCGAUUACAUGCGCAAAUAGGUCAAUUAAUGAACUCAUUGAUUAAUGUUUAAAAAUUUCUAUCGAUUGUAAAUAAUUGUAUAAAUACGCUUGACUUGUAUGCUUGAUCUGAUCUGCCUGCCUGACUUGUUAUCUGCUGUUUGUCUGUAGAAUACACUUUCUACACCUUACCCAGACUUCUUGAUCGAGUUAGCAGAGUUGGGGACAACGGACCAGAAUAGUCUAUCGAGUCGCUGAAUCAUUGAUCCUUCGUUCGUUCGAGUAAGACGCAUCAGUAAUCGCAUUCAAGCAAUAACGAAACAUAACAAAAGUUUAGUAUAAUGCUCAACAACUAAAGUAAAUCUGAUAGUUGAUUCAUAGUUCAGUUUGAGACUUAUCUCAUAUGGAACCUGUGGAAGCUUUUAGUUAUGCACAUUCGAACAUUUUGUACAAACUCUUGAAGAAAAUACGUCUUGUGUGUUUGGCUGUUGGGUGAUUUUCUGAUUGUUUUGACUAAUAAACUGCCUUGCGUACCCGACUAUCAUUUCCAAAUUUCCUGGUUGUUCAAAGUACUCUGUCUUGUAAAUUUUCAUAUUUGAAUCCUGGUUUUAUAUUGUGGAUCAAGAGUAUCUGGAUGAAAGAUUUUGUAAAGCAAUCUCGAACUGUUAUGUUUUAGGUUUAUAAUUGUAGCCACGAUCAUCAUUCUCAUAAUCUGGGAAACAACCACUUUUACGAAGCUACUAUGCAAUUUUCGAACAUUAAAUAUUGUCAUCCCAGUAAUGUAACUAGAAAGGAAUCUGAUGUAGUCAUAUGUGUUCUUGGAGAAAUCACUCAACAAAUUCCAAAAACUUAAAUGGUGUAUGAACAAUAAUUUUUACAAUACCACUAUAAUUAUUUUCCCAUUCAAAUUCCAAGUACAUAAAUGUAAUUUUUAAUAAGCUUAUUCCUUUAAUGCUAAAAAUAGUGGCUAUGAAACUAGAGUGUUCUUCUAUAUAAUUGUAAUUGUUUCGUACAUAUUUACGCGCUUUAUUGAUGCAUUUCAAUACAAUAUAUUACUACAUGUACAUUUC